CUUUCACUCUUCCAUCUUCCUCUCGCCCUCCCUCCAUCUCUCUCUACGUCUCCCGUCUCGAUCUCCACAAAAACUCUCUUCGAGCCCUCCUCCCUCGUCUCUCCUUUAUUCGCCUCGUGCCUCUCGUCUCCGACCCUUUCCGCCUCUAGGGGCCGUCCCACCCAGCGAUUUUCCCGCGCUUUUCCAUUUGAAAUGGCCGAGAAGCGCGGGAGGGGAAGGGCCGCGGGCCGCACGAUCUCGGAGCCGGAGGUGGUGAUUCUCGACGGUUCGUCCUCAGAUCCUUCAAUCUCCGCCUCGCAGUUCGCGAGGCUCCGGCUCCGGCAGCGUUGGGAGCUCGCCUCCGUUCUUAAUUUCCUUCACGUUUUCGAGCCGCUCAUCCAGAGCGAUGUAAAGAUGUCCGCGGAAGAGAUCGAAACGGCUCUGAUCUCGCCGAACGAUGCUUUGGCUCGGAUUCAUAUUGCCCUCUUGAAGGGGAUACCACCUGUAAACAAAAAUUGUAGAGAACCCGAUGCAUGGGUCACAACAGUUUGCAAAAAACUUUCUCUGUGGUGGCCAUGGGUUGCUGAGGGAGAGAAUCCACUCAAAGUUAAUCAUGGGGAAGAGAUAACAAAAUAUAAGGAACUUGAUCCAACAAUCCGUUUGCUGAUCCUGAAAGCACUCUGUGAAGUUCGUGCAGAUCAAGAUGAUAUAUUGAGAUACAUCACUGAUGAACUGAAAGCUGGAACAAAAAUUACUGCUUUCCGUAAAGAAAAGAUAUGCAGCAGUGAGAAUGGAGUUAGUUAUUGGUAUGAUGGAGAUCCAAUUAUUGGUCAUAGGUUGUAUAGAGAAGUUGUUAAAGUUGAUUUCAAACAGAAGUGGAAGGGGAAGGGCCGCUUAACACAACCAACAAUUGAUUCUUGCUGGGAAACGGUGGCAACAAAUCUCGAGGAAUUUCGGGAACUAUCGAAAAAUCUAUCAUCGAGCAAAGUUACAUCCGAAGCUGCAGUUGGGGAGACAAUUAAAAUUGAAAUCAUUCCUCUUCUUGAGGAACACCAAAAGAAGAAAAAAAGGGCAUUACAAAGACAGCAGAGGCAAGUUACGUUGUUAGAUAAUUUGCUACAUUCUAACUGGACUGGCAGUCGUUCCUGCCGUGAGCGCAGGCCUGUGAGCUACACUUUUGAUGAAUAUGAUCGUUCCAUUGACGAGGCUAUACAGAUGUCGAAGAAAUCAAACACAGAUAAAUUGCAUGAGGACAGGGGCAAGGGAGUAGAGCAUGUACCAGGUCAGAACCGCGUGCUGGAUGGAACCGUGCAUGCAGAUACAGAGAACACUACCUCAGAUUCUCAGGCUGGCGAUGAUGACAAGUAUCGAGGUAAGAUUGGUGGUGAUGAUGCUGAGGACGAUGACUAUGAUCAGAAAGGUAAUGACUAUGCUGAGAACAGUGGCAGCAAUGAUAGUAACUUCGAUCUGGGUGACUCCGACAAGGAAAACACUGCUUUUCCAAGGAAGAAAUGGCGAGGACACGCUCAGAAUAAAAAAGAAGCUAAGCCUAAAGUAGUUAUAGGGGUGCGCCACAGUAGAAGAACUGCAGCAAGUGCUGACCAUGGCCAUCUUGGCAGAUUCCACGGAGAGAUGACAGGCCAUGUGGAGAUGAAGAAAAGGGUGAGGCAAAGACCAACUCGUAAUGCGGACUAUGCCGUUCAUAUUUUUUCAGAGUCUGAAAAUGAGAAACAAGCUGAAGAGGUCUCAGGUACUGAGAAGGAGCCUGUUUCUUCUGGUGAUGAAUUCCAAGCGGGCAAUGAUGAAAUUGACGAUGAAUAGCACUUCAAAAAAGUGCUUAUCCGUAGACUUCCUGAUUGAUAUCCUCAGAAAAUACUUUCCUUACUUCAUGGACUAAAGAGCAAAGUGCUUCCUUUGUGUUGUGUCAUAACAAGGAAGCCCAAAGUUGUUGAUGUCGGUGCUCUAGAAGGGAGCUUCCAUUUCGUGGAAUAUUGUUGUUCUUGAACACUCUGUCUUGUAUUUUGAUAUCCUAAACUGAAAUGCUUCUUUAUCUGAUAGUUAUGAUGUACUACAAUUGAUCUUUUUGUUGAAAAUACUUUCCUUCAAGGACUAAAGAGCAAAGUGCUUCCUUUGGGUUGUCAUAACAAGGAAGCCUAAAGUUGUUGACGUCAGUGCUCUAGAAAGGAGCUUUCAUUUCGUGGAAUAUUGUUGUUCUUGAACACUUUGACUUGUAUUUUGAUAUCCUAAACUGAAAUUCUUCUUCA